AUGAAAGGCUUCAAUUUUGCUUCGGUCCUGGCUGUCGUUGGCGCGGUCACGGCCUCCCCUACUCCCACUGAAAAGGAACCUCCCACCAAGCGUGCCAGCUUCCCUACGAUCACAGUUUCUGGCAACGCCUUCUGGAAGGGCAAUGAGCGAUUCUACAUCCGUGGCAUUGACUAUCAGCCCGGCGGCUCUUCCGCCAACGAGGACCCUCUCGGCGACACUGAUGUCUGUCUUCGCGACAUCCCCAACUUCAAGGACCUCGGCGUCAAUACCAUCCGCGUUUACGCAGUCGACAACUCCCUGAACCACGACAAGUGCAUGCGGGCCCUCCAGGAUGCCGGCAUUUACCUCGUUCUUGAUGUGAACAACCCCAAGUUCUCCAUCAACCGUAGCAAGCCAGGUCCUUCAUACAACGCCAAGUACCUCCAGAGUGUCUUCGCCACUGUCGAGAUGUUUGCUGCCUAUCCCAACACUCUCGCCUUCUUCUCCGGCAACGAGGUCAUCAACGACGACACGGAUACGAACAAAGCAGCUCCCUAUGUCAAAGCUGUUACUCGUGACAUGAAGAACUACAUGAACUCCCGCGGUCUCCGCAAGGUUCCCGUUGGAUACUCCGCCGCCGAUGUCUCUUCGAACCGAAUGCAGACCGCUCUGUAUAUGAACUGCGGCUCCGAUGACAUGCGAUCCGACUUCUUCGCUUUCAACGACUACUCGUGGUGCAACUCGAACUUCAAGCAGGCUGGCUGGGACCAAAAGGUUAAGAACUUCACUGACUACGGCAUUGCUAUCUUCUUGUCCGAGUACGGAUGUAUUAUCAACCGCCCCCGCAAGUUUGAGGAGAUCGGAGCCUUGAUGAACAGUGAGAUGACUGGUGUCUACUCCGGUGGUCUGAUGUACGAGUACUCGUACGAGGAUAACAAGUAUGGUAUUGUGACGCUCAAGGGUGGAGUCAGAGGCACUGUUGACAAGAUGGACGAAUAUGCCGCUUUCAAGUCUGCUCUGAAGAACAACCCUGCUCCCACUGGCUUAGGCGGUGCUGCUACGACCACACACUCUGUCAGCUGCCCUACCUCCGAUUCUGGCUGGCAAGUCAACCCCAGCCUCGUCCCACAGAUCCCCGAUCAGGCUCAGAAGUACAUGAAGAGCGGUGCAGGUAAGGGUCCUGGUUUCGGUCUUGACGGCGAUGGUUCCCAGAAUGCUGGUGACAGCGGUACCGCUACCGCUAGCGUCACUGGUGGCCAGGCCUCUCCCACUGGCAGCGGUGGCACUAAGUCGUCUGACAACGCUGGUGUCUCGACUCUCGGCCCUGUUGAUAAGGCCCCAUACAUCGUCACUGGCUUCAAUGUUUUAUUCACGCUGUUUGGCGCCUUGCUUCUGUAA